AUGUCCAUCAUGCGGAGAUGUCUUUUAUUUAGUUUAGUGCUGAUGUUUUUGGACCUGAGGCCAGGUACGUAUGAUGGCUUGAUUGUCGGAUUUCCUUUAAAAGUCAAGCCUGAGAUGUUCUUUGUAUCUCCAAUAGUCACCGCUCUGGAAGGAUCCUCCAUGGGUCCACUUGAGGUGGCACUUGGCGACAAAGCAGCGUCUUUCCAGCGUGUCCUUCGUAUAUCCGACAUCGUUGUGUCCCGAGGAAGUCGUGUGGCUGUGUCCAGACGCAAACGCAACAUCCUCUUUCCGAGCGGAGUCAAGCUGUGCGCCCAGGAGAGCGCCAAGGAGGUUGUUGCCAACCACCUCAGUUUCUUCAAUCUCAGAGUGUGCCAGGAGACUCUGUGGGAGGCUUUCAAAAUCUUCUGGGAACGCCUCCCCGAGCAAGAGGAGUACCAGAGCUGGAUGAACCAGUGUCAGGAAGGGGUAGUGACGGCGCGAGAUAUCGGUACCUACUUCAGCCAAUCGGAGGAGCAUCAGGGGGUGGUCAAAAAGAAAAUGUCCCUGCCUGGCUUGAAAAGUGAACCCACUAAGUCUGGACACCAGACAUGCGGCACACCGGCUCCUGAUGUGACAAUCACCACCAAGGCUCCUGCCAACGAAGAAGACUUGACAGAGACAGAAGACAUAGAGGAAGCAGCAGCUGCCAUUGUGCCAGAAAUUGAGCUGGACAAUGAUAUUCCCGUGGAGCCAGUACCUGCGGCCGUGUUGGAGCAGGUGGUGGAGCUGAGCAUCCUCCUCACAGGAGUCAUGUACAACGAUGACUUGGGCGACCAGAACUCGCUACACUAUCAGACCCUCAGCAGACAGCUUGCUCAGAAGAUUGAGGACGCUCUGUCGGGACUUCCUGGUUACAAGAGUGUGUCUGUAUUGGACUUCAGGCUGGACGGCAUCGUGGUGGACUACGCCGUCACCCUGGUGGUGGACGACGCGGGCAUCAGCAACAACCAACUGGACUACCUUACCUUGCAGUCCAACCAGGUGGAGAACUCGUACCGCGAGGUCAAGGAGCACCCAACGCUGGUCUACGCCAUAAGUGAGCUCAAGACCUAUGUGACCGAGGACCUCCUGAAGGGCGCUUUGGAGAGUGAGCCCGAGUCCAUCCACACCACAAGAGAGACCUCGAAUGAUGCAGCCAAUGUUCUCAUCAUGGAUGACGUCAAGAGAGACCAAUUGCUGCCUGAAAGCGCAGAAGGAGACACGGUGGAGACAUCCGAAAGCGACAUUGUUGUCCUAGAGGAGAGCUCUGAGAUAUCUCCACCCGUUGUGGUUGCGACCGCUUCGUCUGAGACUGCCAGCAUCAGGGAAGAAGAUCUGCUUCUGGAGAACACUGUGCAGACCACCGCUGCAGAUAAUCCCGCAGACAAAGACCAGGAGGAGCCGCCCCCCUCCGAGGACCAAGAUACUGUCACAUUGCCUGAAUCACCAGUGGUGGUGGAGGCCUCAGGCACAGGUGACCUGGACAACCUCCUGGGGCCAGAUACAACUCUAGCGACGGAAGACAUUGAAGACGUGGUUGUUCUGGAAGAGAAACAUCUGGACAAUGGUGUUGACACAGAAGACCUUCUUGUGAGUGAAACAGCAGAAGACAACUAUGUUCCUGAUGUAGUGAGUGAGGAACUUGAGGAAGUCGAUUCUAAACAUCCUGAAGGACCUUUAGUUGAAGAAGCUGGUAUCGAUGAAGCAACGGAGAGUGGAGGGGAAACUCCUGAGGAAGCACCAUCCUCACCCCCGGUAUCCCUUGAAGAACCACUAGAAGCUUCUGAGAUCGCCAGUGACGAUAUCGCAGAAGACGACAUCUUGUUGGUAAACAGGAAUGCACCUGAAUCAUCAGUUAGCGUUCCUUUGAGCCCCUCCCAACCGACUGCAAUGUCCGCCGAGGACGACAUAACUUUCAUGAGUGGAGCUGAUGUCAACACAGCUGUGGAGGGUCAGGAUGACAUCGUUAUGCCUUCAGCCGUGGAGAUCCAGAACAGUGCUGACAAUGAUUCUCCCAUCGAAGACCUCACUUAUGAUGUUCUCAAUUAUGGCUCAAUCAAUCAGACAGAAGAAGGCAGCACGGAAUUCCCCUUCAGCAUAUCACAGGGCACCGAUCCAGCCGGCAUCGCCCUGCCGGCCAAUCCCGGUCGAGCGCUCAUGGUGUUCUUCAGCUUGAGGGUGACCAACAUGAUUUUCUCUGAGGAUCUCUUCAACAAGAGUUCACCAGAGUACAAAGCAUUGGAGCAGCGCUUCCUAGAGCUGCUUGUGCCCUACCUCCAGUCCAACCUGAGUAACUUUGAGAACUUGGAGAUCCUAAACUUCCGCAAUGGAAGCAUUGUGGUCAACAGCCGGAUGAAAUUCGGCAAGCCCGUGGCUCACGGCGUCACCACCACCGUCUAUCUGAUCCUGGAAGACUUCUGCAACACAGCCUACCAGACUAUGAACCUGGCCAUCGAUAAGUACUCCCUGGACGUUGAAUCAGGCGACCGGGCUGACCCGUGCAAGUUCCAGGCAUGUAACGAGUACGCCAAGUGCAAAGUGAACAAGUGGUCGGGCGAGGCCGAGUGCGUGUGCAACGCUGGCUACUUCAGCGUGGACGGUCUGCCUUGUCAGAGCAUCUGCGAGCUACGCAGCGACUUUUGCCUCAAUGAUGGCAAGUGUGACAUCAUCCCUGGCCAGGGAGCCAUCUGCAGGUGUCGUGUUGGAGAAAACUGGUGGUACAGAGGAGAGCACUGUGAGGAGUACGUAUCGGAGCCUCUGGUGGUUGGCAUUGCCGUGGCCUCAGUGGCUGGAUUCCUUUUGGUGGCUUCCGGAGUGAUCUUCUUCCUCGCCAGGACUUUACGGGAUCAGUACGAUAAGGAUGAGUCAGAGGACCCAAUACGACAUGCAGAGAGCGUUCCAUCACUUGAGAGGGCGACCAAGUACAACCCCAUGUACGAGAGCGAAGCCACCACCGGCUACAGCCACUACUACCGCCGCUACCCCGAAGCUCCUGUCUACAGCAGCGCCAGCGCCGAAGCUUCCACCGACUUCAGCAGCGAGGAGAUCCGGCACAUCUACGAGAACAGCGAACUGACUAAGGAGGAAAUUCAAGACAGGAUACGCAUCAUCGAGCUCUACGCCAAGGACCGUCAGUUUGCUGAUUUUGUGCGGCAGCAUCAAGUUGUUGUGGAUACCCGAAGAGAAAGUUCUUCUGCACAGACAUGAAACAAAAAGAAUAACAUCUCUGUAUUCUAAAGACCUGUUCUGAGCAUUCAAAUACGGUCUGUCACCCAGGACACCUUCACCUCUUUCCACGUCUGCAACCGUCACUGCAUAAGACGUGGGAAGCAGUUGCAGACUGUCCUUUCACCCUCUUCCUUCCUCGGUGCCUUCUGCUGGAAAUGUCCCUCCAUGGAAAAUGUGCUUAAUCUUGAAAUGUUGUUAAAUGGAUAAAACUGAAGAACUUCAAACAAUGCUCAUGUACACACAGUAACAAAUUGAGCUGAAAGAUGCUGAGUUAGCUGAGAUUUAGCGGAUGGUGCUAUGCUCGUUGAUGUUUUCAAUGUAGUCGACCAUCUAGCAUCAAAGUGACACGUUUGGAUAAACUCUUGUCUAAUAGAGUAGUUUGCGUCAAGGUGGCCAAAUAUUGUCUUUCGUGGAAAGGUUUUGCCGACGUUUCAAGGCCCCAUCGAACCAGAUGCCCGGACAUGUUUUGCCCGUUUUAUCAGCGGCAUCCAGAAAUAAGUGAAAACACAUUUUGCCGGGAGGGAUUUUUAGAACAAAUGGUGAGCUUUCGUAUGUCACUGCUAAAGAAUGGGGAAAAGGGGCAAAACAAUUGAAGGUUAGCAGCAAUUCCUUCUUAAUACGACUACCAGUUUGGCCCUGUCAUUGUGUUUUCUUUGGUUUUUCUCUCACAUUCCACCCUUGGAUGCGUUACACUCCAUCAGUGUUCUCCUGCUGAGCAGUAAAUCGUAGCUGUCCUACUUCAUUACGAUGUUUAGCUUGCUUUAGAAAACUACACGCACGCACACACACAUGCACACACACCAACUUGAUGAACACCAUACUUUUAGCCACCACUCAUUUACUUGGUACAACGGAACCUCUAAAGUCCAAUCAGAUUGUACAAUUGGGACAGUGACCCUGUUUGAACGUCAGUACAGCAACGGGCAACAGCGCGUCACUCAAAAGCACACUAAGAUUGACUUUGAAUAUUCAUCCAUCAACACCAUUAAGUUGACCUUCAUGCACACCGUCACUGUGCGGGUAUCGAUGCAACGCUGCCCGCACAAAAGUCAGGCGAGUGUACCCCUACACCUUCAGCUGCUUCGCUAGAGAAUAAUAUUUUGAAAAUAGGAUGGUCAUAAAAUUGGAGGAACUAAUUGUUCCAAUAAAUAAAAAAGAUUAAUUUGUUACAUCUUCCAAUAAUCUACAAGACAUUUUUAUGAUUAGUGUUUAGCUUUAUUUAUUUUUAAAUAAAAAAAAACAUAAAUAAAUAAAUAAAUAAAUAAAUAGUCAUUUUUCUAAGUUCAAAUUACUUAUUUUGUUCUUGUGCUUGUUCUUUGUUUUAUUAUGAGCAGCAGUUGACUUAUUUUUUUAUACUUUAUUGCUUUUACUAAAGAUGGGCAUGAUUGAUUAAUUGGUCAGAAGGAAUUCUGAUGGUGAUAUGGAUUUUCUUUUCACCAUUUCCAAAUAAAAUGUAAGCAUUAUCUUUUACCCGUGAACCAUCAAGAUGAUUUUAUCAACCCCCAUCCCUGGUUUUGAUAUUUUGCCUCCAUUUACUUACAUUCAUUUUCGAUUUACCUGUACGUUAAAUACAAUUUGAACGAUUGUCCAAAAAUGUUAAGAAAUUGCAAUGCAUGACGAUUUGCAUUUUCUGAAUUCACUAUGGGUUCCAAAGCAGCAUUUUUGUCCAACGUAUUCAACUUUAGAGGUUCCUUUCUAAAAGUUUGUCUCAUUUCAAGCUAAGGCCACCAUAGACAGACUUUCAUUGCUGCACAGUUGAGUACACGGUCUCAUGUUCUAACCGUUGAAAAUAUUAAUUAGGAUGCACAUCCCAAAUGUUUCAUGAUCUAACCAUGUACUUUUUGUACUCUUUAUCCAACCAUGUCUUUCCAUACUGUGCAGCUGUUUCAAUGCCAUGUACAAACCAAAGCCAUGUGUGUAAAAUAUAAUGCUUUGUAACACAUCAGACUUUCUAUGUCACACUUGGCUUGAUGCGCUCUGACGGGUUGAAGAAUAAGCAGCUAAUCCUAGAAAACGGAUUAGCCUCAAAGCUGCGGAUUAACGGCCCCGCCUGUGGCCGUGACGGUGUCUAAAACCCUGCGCCUCCUGUUAAUCGGCCUACGUCACGCACACGCACGCGUGUAAACACUGAACGUGUCACACAGUGUGGUGCAAGCGUGCGGAUGUGUUGGUGUUGCAAGGGACAAACAAAUGGAUGCAGAUGUGCCAGUUGUUUAGUUUGCUUGCAAUGGCGUCAGUCA